ACACUGAAGGAUCAUCAAACUAUAGCCAAAAUGACCAAAAUGCCCCUUGUUGGUUUUCUUUUUCCCUCAGAUUUUUUUGUUCUUUGCUUGUUCCCUCCAUAACCAUAACCAUAGCCAUGACGAUGACGACUUCCGUUUUUGAAGGCUGACGUGUACAACUCCUUCACAUUAGGAAGACCCGCUCCUUCCUUUCUUUGUUUAUAGAGAGAGAGAGAGAAACACAAUCACAAUUCACAAACCACAAAGACAAAGACAAAGACAAAGUCACAAUCACAAACACACUCCAAUUCUCUUCUUUCGUUUUUGUGUUUUUCACCUCUUUAUCCAUUUUGUCUCUCUUCUUGAAACUUUUGUUCUUUUUCAAUUUUUGAGGUAUAUGUUAUAAUGCCUCAUUCAAAAUUAAAAAGGUGAUAGUGCUUUAUGAGAACCUGCAUUGCCGUUUUUUAUUCAAUUGAAUGUGGUGAGCUUCGUUGGAUAAUUUUCUGGGAUAUGCUUCUGUGAUCACAGAUAUGACCAACAAAAGUGCCGAAUUGUCUCAGGGAACUACCGGGGCCACUAUUCCCCUCCCUUCUACACCCCGGCCUCGGCCACCUGAGCAUCAAUUUCCUCCGCGAGAGGUUCAGCAAAAUCGCGCCGGAAACACGAAUACGAUUUUCAAGAGUGGGCCACUUUUCAUAUCUUCUAAAGGAAUUGGAUGGACAUCUUGGAAGAAAAGGUGGUUUAUUUUGACACAAAAUUCACUUGUUUUCUUCAGAAGUGAUCCGAGUGCUGUCCCUCAGAAAGGAAGUGAAGUAAAUUUGACUCUCGGUGGCAUCGACCUAAACAAUUCAGGCAGUGUCAUUGUCAAAGCAGACAAGAAACUUUUGACAGUACAGUUUCCUGAUGCUCAUGAUGGACGAGCAUUCACACUUAAGGCCGAAACUACAGAAGAUUUAUAUGAGUGGAAGACGGCACUUGAGAAUGCUCUAGCACAAGCACCCAGUGCUAACAAUAUGAUGGAGCAAAAUGUGAAGGAUAAGGAACCAGUUAAAUCCAUUGUCAUUGGCCGACCAAUUUUACUUGCUCUGGAGGAUGUCGAUGGAACUCCAACAUUUUUGGAGAAAGCCCUAAGAUUCAUAGAAGAAUAUGGAGCCAAUGUAGAAGGGAUCUUGCGACAAGCAGCUGAUGUUGAAGACGUUGAACGACGAGUUCGGGAAUAUGAACAAGGAAAAACUGAGUUUACUGCAAAUGAGGAUGCACAUGUUAUUGGUGAUUGUGUCAAGCAUGUGCUUCGGGAAUUGCCAUCAUCUCCAGUUCCUGCAUCUUGUUGCAAGGCACUGUUAGAAGCUGUUCGCACUGAUCGUACCAGAAGGGUUUCUGCUAUGCGCAUAGCCAUAAAUGACACAUUCCCUGAACCAAAUCGCCGCUUAUUGCAAAGAAUACUCAUGAUGAUGCAAAUUGUUGCUUCCCGCAAAUCUGUGAAUCGAAUGAGCUCCUCAGCUGUGGCAGCUUGCAUGGCACCCUUGCUUCUUCGCCCCCUUCUAGCUGGAGAAUGUGAGAUUGAAAAUGAUUUUGAUGUUGGUGGUGAUGGUUCUAUGCAAUUAUUACAAGCAGCUGCUGCAGCCAACCAUGCUCAAGCAAUUGUUAUAACUCUAUUAGAAGAAUAUAAUAACAUAUUUGGGGCUGAUGGUUGUGGUUCUCCUGGCCCUGAUAUAUACUCUGACUCGGAUGAUUUGGAAUCUGAGAGUGAAGAGGCUACUGAUGAAGACUUGUCCUAUGAUGAAGAAUAUGACGAUGAAGAAGAUGAAUCAGUUCAGGAGUCUGAUGAAGAUGCAGAUGAAGUUGGUAGUGGAUCCGACGGUGAGAAUGGAGAGUCUGAGACCGAUUAUAGAUCUGAGAAGGAUCCUGAACAAUCUAAUUCAAAAACUCAUGGUCUAGAAAAUAAAGCAAAAAAGCAUGGGGAUGCCAAAGGCAGCGAAAGUAUCACAAGUCAAACUAAUACUGCUGAAGCAGUUGGACAAGCUUCUGCUAACCCGAAAAAAGCGCAUGAUUCACCUUCUCCGACCCCAUCUUACAAAAAAUCUGCAACUAUAUCCAAUAGUCCAGAUUCUCGGCGCAACUGUUUGGGUCGUACCUCUGCAAGGAAGAACCUUUCCAUGGAAUCCAUUGAUUUCACUGUUGAUGAUGAUGAGGAAGUCGAAAAGCUUCAAUAUACAAAGAAAGACUUACAAAACCAAAUUGCAGAGGAGACCAAGGCAAAUGAAAAUCUGCAAUCUCAUAUUGACAACAGAGCU